UGUAGGGGUGACUUAACAUCUUAUACGAAUGCCCCACUUUUCUUUCUCUCUCUAAAACCAAAACCAAAACCUUUUCUUUUCUUCCCUCCCACCCUCCCCAUUUCCAAAAAUGGAGAACGAUUCUACAAUUUUAAACUCAUCUCCGCCGCCAUCGCCGUCAUCAUCUGGCAGUUUAUCACCACCAUCCUCCUCAUCGGCUGUCGUCGAAUCGAACCGGAAACGACUCAAACGGCCCAGGGAGAAUAACAACAACAACAAUAACAGCAAACACCCGGUCUUCCGUGGGGUCCGAAUGAGGGCAUGGGGAAAAUGGGUUUCCGAAAUUCGUGAACCACGAAAAAAAAGCCGGAUCUGGCUCGGUACUUUCUCCACCCCUGAAAUGGCCGCACGUGCCCACGACGUCGCCGCCCUCACCAUUAAAGGCACCUCCGCCAUUCUCAACUUCCCUGAACUUGCCCACCAAUUCCCCCGUCCGGCUUCCACUUCCCCUCGUGACGUUCAGGCCGCCGCCGCUAAAGCCGCCUCCAUGGAAAUCCCAACUCCCCCACUUUCUUCUUCUUCUUCUACUUCUACUUCUUCUUCCUCCUCUUCCUCUUCUUCUGCCUCUUUAUGUCCUUCCUCGCCGGAGGAACUGACUGAAAUCGUGGAGCUUCCGAGUUUAGGAACGAGUUAUGAAACAGCGGAGUUAGGAAACGAGUUCGUGUUUGUGGACUCGGUGGAAGGUUGGCUUUAUUCUUACCCAUGGUAUAACAGAGUGAGUAAUGCAGAGCAAGUAGAGGAAUUACAAGAGGAUUAUGGAUUAUUCUUCAAAGACCAGAUUUUAAUGGCGGAUUAUACCGAUACUUUCUUAUGGCAAAAUUAAACAAAAAGGAAACCCCAUUUCCUUCAUUGUUACAUCGUGUGAUUUUUCUCCAUAAAUUUUGGCUUGUAAAACAAAAACAUUUUCUAUUUUUCAAAUCCUCUGUUUUUUUUUUUCUUUUUUUUCUUUUUUAAAAAAAGAAACCCAUUGAAUUUUGUGAAUCCAAGAAAGGGGUCCCUCUCCUAAAUACAGUUGAUUUAGUUGCUAAUUAGUGAGUAAUGUUUGGUUAAUAAGAAAUGUAAGGAUUUGGGUUUUGAGGCAGAAUUGAAUUAAUCAUCAAUCAAUCUUGCCUUCAUUAUUUGUUCAUAUAAUUUUUGUUUUUUCUUGGAGGGUAUUAGUUUUUGUGUGUAAUGUUUGUUUGUGCUCGAAUUAUGCAGCUGAUAGCUCCUCUAUUUUUGGUUCAUUUAAUUUUUAACCUUUUUUAUUACUAUUA